CGUGGAUUAUAAGGGUUAGGCUGUACCGGAGAAACAAAGAGGAACGUCAAAUCCAUUUCAAUUUGAAGAAAAAAGCCAAACAAAUUAGCUUCAUUUUCCCCCAAAAAAAGAAGAAGCAGAUUGCUCCAUUUGCAACCAUGGAGAAUGCGGUUCAAGAGAUAGUGGCGAAGCAAGUGUUGACGGUGGCAAAAGCGGUGGAGGACAAGCUUGAUGAAGAGAUUCAUGCUUUAGAUCGAUUAGAUCUCGAUGAUUUGGAGGUGUUGAGAGAACGUAGAUUGCAACAGAUGAAGAAAAUGGCUGAAAAACGUAAUCGUUGGUUAUCUCUUGGACAUGGAGAAUACUCUGAGAUCCAAGCUGAAAAGGAUUUUUUCUCUGUUGUUAAGGCUAGUGAUCGCGUUGUUUGCCAUUUCUACCGCGAAAAUUGGCCUUGCAAGGUUAUGGAUAAGCAUUUGAGCAUACUAGCAAAACAGCAUAUAGAAACACGUUUUGUGAAAAUUAACGCAGAGAAAGCGCCAUACCUGGCUGAAAAGCUCAGAAUUGUUGUUCUUCCAACCCUUGCACUCAUCAAAAAUGCUAAAGUUGAUAACUACCUGGUUGGAUUUGAUGAGCUUGGGGGUACCGAUGAGUUUAGCACGGAGGAACUUGAAGAGAGGUUAGCUAAAGCUGAUGUUAUCAUCUUUGAAGGUGAAUCAUCAAAAUUUUUAUCAAAAUCCAAAGCUCACUCGAAGAAGAGUGUGAGGCAGAGUUCAAAUCCCGACUCGUCGGACUCGGAGUAAAUGUAGAAUAAUAUAGCUUUGUUUAUGUAUUCCUUUCUAAUACUAAAAUAUACUAAGUUCGUUAAUGGUGAAAAAUUGAAUUCUGUUUUCUAAUUCGCCAUGUUAUUACUUUGGUUCAUCUUUUUUCUUGGGGUCUGAUAAUACAUUUUAUUUGUUUGUGUUA